AUGUCAGGUCGUCAAGGUGGUAAGGCUAAGCCAUUAAAGGCUCCAAAGAAGAAACAAGAUGAUUUCGAUGAGGAAGAUUUAGCUUUUAAGGCCAAGCAAAAGGCUGACGCAGCUGCUAAGAAGGCAAUGGCCGAUAAAGCCAAGGGUAAAGGUCCAUUAGUUGGUGGUGGUAUCAAGAAGAGUGGUAAGAAAUAG